CGAGGGCUGGGCUUGGGUUGGGUGGCGCUGGAUUCCCAUCUUGGGCGUCCCCAGGCCCCUUUCCCCAACAAGCACACAUCAAAAAUAAGCUUUGGCCGUCCGCAUAGAUUGGAUGAGGGCCUUUGUGAACUGAAGAGCCAGAAAAGAAAAACUGCACACAGUGUCCUUAAAGCUUGAGGCAACCUUGGGAUUCUGGCCUAGUGCUGACUUCUUGUAGAUUAGGAAGUGGCUGCCUGAAGUAUUUUCCAAAGAAUAAACAUUACAAAGCAUUGAAUACCGAAGUUCACAAGAAGAUCCUAUUGAAUUGGGGGAACACAACGUCCAGCAGCCACAAGGGAUGCUGCCCCUCAGGUGCCAUCUGAAACGAGCUCCUCCUCAGAAGAUUUUGUGUAGGUUCUGUGCCAUGAUGGGGAAACUGCAAAGCAAACUCAAACACAGCACUUAUAAAUACAGCAGGCCCGAUGCAAUUAUAGAAGAGAGAAUUCAAACUACAGCUUUUCAUGAGUAUAGCCCAGCUCACGUGGACACCGUCUCUGUUGUUGCUGCUCUGAACUCAGACCUCUGUGUCUCCGGAGGAAAAGAUAAGACAGUUGUGGCCUAUAACUGGAAAACCGGAAACGUGGUGAAAAGGUUCAGAGGACAUGAACAUGACAUCACCAAGAUAGCCUGUCUUCACAAAUCAAACCAGUUCUUCAGCGCCUCUCGGGACAGGAUGGUGAUGAUGUGGGACUUGCACGGCUCCUCACAACCCAGGCAGCAGUUCUCGGGCCAUGCCAUGGUGGUCACUGGGUUAGCUGUGAGUCCUGACUCAACACAGCUGUGCACUGGCUCUCGGGACAACACCCUAGUCCUGUGGGAUGUGGGGACCGGACAGUGUGUGGAGAGAGCUUCGGUCUCCAGGAACCUGGUCACUCACCUGUGUUGGGUCCCCAGAGAACCAUAUGUACUACAGGCUUCUGAAGAUAAAACCAUCAGAUUAUGGGACAGUCGGGGGCUCCAGGUGGCUCAUAUAUUUCCUGCAAAGCAACACGUUCAGACCUACUGCGAGGUCAGUGAGGACGGACACAGGUGUCUCUCCUGCAGCAGUGGCUUUGGAGGAGAAGGCUGUGAAGCCACGUUGUGGGACCUAAGACAGACACGGAACAGAAUAUGUGAGUAUAAGGGGCAUUUCCAGACUGUGGCAUCCUGUGUCUUUCUACCAAGAGCAUUGGCCUUGAUGCCUGUAAUCGCUACCUCAUCACACGACUGCAAGGUGAAGAUUUGGAACCAAGAUACUGGAGCCUGCCUGUUCACCUUGUCUCUGGAUGGAUCAGGACCUUUGACCUCCCUGGCCGUUGGCGACACCAUCUCCUUAUUAUGUGCAAGUUUCCGCAGAGGAAUUCACUUGCUCAGAGUGGACCACAGCUCAGGGCUGGGACUGCGGGAAGUGGCAGUAUUCUGAGGCCAAGAGACGUUUGCUGGACAAAACCAAGCCAUGGCCUCUCCUUUCCCAGUGUGGCUUUGCUUUUCCGUGUUAUCUUCAGGGGACGGCAAUGUGCGGUUGGUGUUCUUUGUUUAGGUUCACUUGUCUUAGAAGGUAUAUCAGUGUUAGAAGUCAAUGUGAAGCCAGUGGUUCAAAAUCAGGGACAGAGUUUAGAGACAUGGGUUAAACGUAAGGUUCUCAAUCUACGUUAAAUCCAAAUGCAAGUUUUAGCGAGCUCUUGGGACUGCUCUUCAGAAAAAAUAUUUAUGGCUCAAAUGGUGACCUGUUAGGCCUCUGUCAUAGGCCUCUGAGAUUCAAGACACAGGCUCUGAGUCUGUUGAACUGACCUGUUCCAUGUCUCCACAAAAGAAAGAAAAGCAAGGGGGAGAGACACUCUGCUUUGCUUGCCUCAAAAUUAUCCACACGGGAAAGAACAGUGCAGCUCCAUAGAGGAAAUAGACUACAGACACGAGAUUCAGCUCCAGUCACUGCUCCUCGUCUGUGGAUAAGAAAAUGGAGAGGUUGCGAGAUUAAUGCUGAAAAAUUUUUAUUUGUACAUUUUAAUAUUUUUAUUGUUUUAUGUAAACUCUUUCCAGGGAAUGGCCAGAGUGGGGCAAAGGGAAUAUCUGCAAUGACAAUAGGACAUAAGUAGAGGCAUGGACUCAACUGUGUGCUCCCACUGAGCCCCGCAGCGAGGAGGGGCAGGGUGCUCAGAUCUGCCUGUGUGGCCCCCAGGAGAUCAGUCUCACCUGGUACUCACAAGCCCACUUUCCUCCAGGGAAAAUAGAGUCCCUCCUGCCUUCAGGUAAGCCCACGCCUGAGGCACCUGCCACCGGGGGAUUCCCUUUCUGACGAAAGGAAGAUUGUGCAUUUGUCUCUGUGGCCCCUGCCAGCCCCUGAUGCCCAUGGCUGACAGCCAUCUUCCUGUCUCCCUCCUGCUCCUCUGUAAGUCCAGCUCCCUCAAGCUGUCUCCACUGCCUGGGCAGGAGAAUCUUAAGCUACUGCAAAGUGUCAAACCUGAAUUUGACUCUCCAGUUCUCCAUUUAGCUGGAUCUUGGGCAAGUUAUGAAAUCCUCACUUGUUAUAUGGGGCCAUAAUCAUGGGUUCCUCACGGGGUUGUUUUGAGGACUGAAUAGAACUAUAUUAAUGCCAAGCAAGGCACCAGGUGCUUAUAAAUGGUAGCCAUUGGUAUUUAUUGCCCUCUGUCCAGACCAAAUGCUCUUUUCCACACAUUUACCAGUCAUCUAUCCUCCAUCUUACUUUCUAAGACUUUAGUCAUUGUUCAGCUUCCCCUUUGAUUCCUUAAGUUAUGGCCCUUGGCACUCUGGAAACACAAAGGGAUAGUGAGCACGGAAACUGCUUCAUUGAGCACCUAAAGAUUUAUUCUCACUCUGAUUCUUAUUGUUAUUCCCAUUUCACAGAUGAGGACGCUGAGGCCCAGGGACAUCUAGUCCUUUGCCCAAGGUUAGACAUGAGUAGGAAGGGGAAGAACUUAAAUUUGAACCUGGGUCAGCCUGACUCAAAGCCAGAUUACUUCCCUCUCUUUCCCUUUCCCUUUGCCUUUGCCUUUGCAUGAUGUCAUAAAGUUCGCUUUAGAAAUGCACAGACCAUGACAUUGUGUAUUUUCUAGACCAGUUAUUAACUUUCUGGCUCCAAAGAGAUCUUCUGGCCAGAUGCCUAGGAGCAAUAGACAGAUGUCUCAGGGAAAGUUCUAGAGCACCUAUCAGUGCUACAGUUGGCCCUUUCUUCUAGAAGGAAGACAAGCAGUAAAUCAGAAAACCCAAGGGAGUGGAUUGGGAGAGGGUCCCAGGGCUGCUGUGGGAGGGAACAUACCUGUGAGGAAAUAGUAGGCCUCUGAUGGACUAGCAGGGUUCUAUUACCGACAAAAUUGUUUCCCUAAACUCUACGCAUGUGCUCGAUGUAUAAAUUCCUUAUCUGUGCAUUUUAAGUAGAAAAUAGAUUAAUAAAUGUAAAUGUUUUUAUAAAAAAAUUAAGUGUUAUAUGCGCUAAACAGGUUCUCUCAGCACCUAUUAUACAGGCUGCUGAAUGUAUUCAUUCAUUCAUUGGACUCUUCAUUUCAGAGGCUGCCCCUCUAAAAUCAUAGUAAGGAAUUUUCCAAAGACAAUUGACCUUUUUCCACCAGGAAAGUAUAUAGGCUCUUGGAACCUGACCAGUUCUAUAGUCAGUAUUUAAAUACAUCUGUGUCUUUGCUUACAUAUUUAUCAUUUAAGUGUAUUUAUAUAUCGAAGGAAAGGAGUGGUGAUUAUUAUUGGCCUUCAUUUUGACACAGGAAAUACAAGAAUAAAACUCAGGGCACUCAGUGUUUUUAACCUUUUAACACUGAGAAAAGGAAGUUAGCUAUUUCUGAGUAGCAUUUGAAAACAUAAUUAUUAAAGAACAGCUUCAUCAUAAAAAAUACACAGACUACUAGUUGUUUCCUGAAAUUGGCACUUCUGGGUACAGGCUGUCCGGCUCAGACUACAUUCCUAGCUAGGUGUGGCCAUGAGAAUAAGUUCUUGUCAGUGGGUGGUGAGUGGAAGUGAUGUGUGUAACUUCCACCUUAUUUGCUUGAAAGAAACACAUUUGUCCACUAGCUAGAAAGCAGACUGCCAGUAACAGCUCAACUAUUCGGGCGAGGACAAGAUGAUGAACCAGCAAAAAAGAAGGAACCUGGGCCCCCGAAUCACCUCAAGGAGCUGAGCUGCUGCAACAACCUGACCAGCCGGACUGUGACUUGGAAGAGAAAUGAACUUUAUUCUUUUUAAGCCAUUACAUAUAUUUUUUUAAACUUUUAAUUCAAGUAUACAAUCAUAAACCACUUCAGACAUUUUAAGUUUUAUAAACUGAACACACUAGUAACCAGCACCUAGAUGAAGAAGCAUAAUAUAUCCAGGAACCUCCAUGGCCUCCCUCAUACCACCCUCCGGCACAUCUGAUAAGGGAUUUAUAACAACAAACCGGUUCUACUUUAUAGAAAUGACAUCAGACUGUUUUGUAGUAGAUGGCAAGUGUGGCCACAGAUUUCUCCCCUCCCUGCGUGUCUGACCCUUUCAGUGUGAGUUGCUCUCCUCAGUGGGUAGGACCUAUUUCCCCACCCCUGGAACCUGCACUGGUCUUUUCACUUGCUUUGACUGACAGGAAAACGAA